AGGCUACAAAAUUACACACAACGGAUAGAGAGAGUGCAGCGGAGCAGAAAGAAGCAAAGGGGGAAGAAAGGUGGUGUGUGUUGUCGCAAUGGACAUCACUGCCUUCAAAUCCCUCAACAUUCCAUUUCCAACCUUUCCAUCAAAAUUUUCUCCUUUUCGUCCAUUCAGUUUCUUUCACUUCAAACCUUUUCGCACUCCUUCCUCACCUCGCUUCAUCUCCCAUUGCUCUCUCAAUGGGUCAGCAGAGAUAACAAGCAAGGAAGGUACUUUGCCUCGUGGCGUUGGAGAGGCAGUGAAUGAAGCGUCAAGUUCCAAGAUUCUUCAGGUUGUGCUCGUGUCCCCUCAGAUUCCAGGAAACACUGGGUGCAUUGCUAGAACUUGUGCAGCAUCAGCUGUUGGAUUACACUUAGUUGGGCCAUUAGGAUUUCAGGUGGAUGAUACUAAACUAAAGCGUGCUGGGUUGGAUUACUGGCCAUAUGUGGUUGUUAAAAUUCACGAUUCUUGGGAAGAUUUUCGUAAUUAUUUUAGGCAACAGGAGGGUGAAAAACGGUUGCUAGCAUUUACAAAGAGAGGAACAAAAAUUCAUUCUGAGUUUUCCUACAGAAAAGGUGAUUAUCUAAUAUUCGGCUCUGAAACUAGUGGCCUGCCUCCUGAAGCCUUGCUAGACUGCAAAACAGAACCAUUUGGUGGUGGAACUAUCAAGAUUCCAAUGGUUGAGACUUAUGUCAGAUGUUUGAAUCUAUCUGUAAGUGUUGGCAUAGCUUUGUAUGAAGCUUCUAGACAACUAAACUAUGAGUCACUUCAGGUACCUUCAGAAAGCUGUAUUGAUACUACUGAGGAAUCAUUUAUUGCUGAAGACAUUUUUGCUUGAUCUCAUAAAUAUUCUAGUUACUUGAGAUGGAAAACCAAUCCAAUUCAGUGGGGGGUGUUAUAUUCUUUGUUAACUGAGAUGGAAAAUGUCUGUUUCAGAUUCAGAAGUCAAUCCCAAAUCUGCACCUAAUUCCUCACACACACAACUCAGUUACAUGUGACACUCACUAGAUUUUGUAGUGACUGUAUUAUGUAUCAAUAUUAUUCUGUACCAAUCCUCAUGUAAUAUUGCAAUCUAAUAGUUGUGCCAUUUAUCACGGAGGCUUAAACAUUUUUCAACUUCAAAUUCACGUAGUGGAAUAUUGGGAAUAGAAAGGUCAAAGAAUUACAAGUUUUCCUUCUUUA